AUGGUUACAGCUCAUGCCAUAGGUCACGCUCUCCACGACCGUCGCGCCAGACCCCUUCCGCCGACCCCACCUGCCACUUCGGUCUUCUCGGGAUCGACUGUCUUCGGCUACUCGGCUGCGUUCGGCUGUAAAGCCCGCAACCUCGACGUUCUCAGUCACCCAAAGACAAAAAACAAACCAAAAACCUAUCAAAACCUAAAUGCCUAA